AUGAUAUAAUAGAUUAAAAAAUAUGACUAAUUAGAAGAAUUUUUAAACUCUUCACUUUUAUCUCAUUAGGUUCUCCAUAUUGAUCUAAAUGACAAUUAAAUUGGUAAUGAAGAAGCAUUAGGCUUAGGUUCUGCUUUAGCAAAUUGCAUUAAUCUCUCAAAUUUAACACUUGUACUUAGUCGUAAUUAAAUUGGUGACAAAGGUGCAUCAGGCUUAGGUUCUGCUAUAGCUAAUUGCAUUAAACUCUAAAAUUUGACUCUUGAUAUUAGUGAAAAUUAAAUUGGUGAUGGAGGUGCUUCAGGAUUAGGUUCUGCUUUAGCAAAGUGUAUUAAUCUCUCAAAUUUGGAACUUUACCUUGGUGCCAAAUAAAUUGGUGCAAUAGGUGCAUCAGACUUAGCUUCUGGUUUAGCAAAUUGCAUUAAUCUCUCAAGUUUGACAAUUGAUCUUCGUAGGAAUAAAAUUGAUGAUGAAAGUGCAUCAGACUUAGUUUCUAGUUUAACAAAUUGCAUUAAUCUCUCAAGUUUGACACUUGAACUUGGGUAAAAACAGUUUAUUUACUUUAGAUUGUGA